AGCGCAUCUGAAAUCCCCGUUUUAAGAAGAGAAUCAUUGAGGUCAAAAUCCAUCAAAUGGAAAAGCUACGGAUCCCAUCGUACUUCGGCGAGACAGAUCCCAGCGUACUCCGUCGAGACAGAUCCCACCGACCAUAUAACUGCGUUAAACAUAGCCAUGGGACACAUACACUUUUCUGACAAAAAUAAAGAUGUCAGAUACUGUCAGUAUUCGUAGAGAGCCCAUAAGGGGCUCAACAUAGUUUUGCAGAAUAUCGAAAAUUUCCAUAGACAGCUUCCACGAAAAAUCGGUUAAAUUCUUGAAACAUUACAUAAUAUUCAUUCGUUAAGAAGCCUCAGCGUCCGACCUGUGAAAAAUAUCUCAAGCUCCAAUUGAGGAGUUCAAAUGGAGAAGUUCAAGCAGGUGGUAUCGUUGACGUGCUUUCGGCGGUUAGUAUAAAUACAUAAUAUAAAUAUUUUGAUUUGUAAACAAUAAUUUAUAUCAUAUUAUUAUAUUAUUAUUCUAUAGUAUAAUUUUAUUGUUAAAAUGUUAUGAUUCUUAGACGAUUUAGAAGUUAAGCAAUUCAUAAAAAUCGUCGCCGUUUAAACCCCUUUUGGAACAUUGAAGUUGAUUUACCUUUUAGUUUCAUAUAUUGGAAAGUUGUACAAUAUAAAUUAUAUAUAAUUAUAUAGUAACAUAAAAGUAAACAAAAAUUAUUGAAAGGGUUUGCGUGUGCUUGAAACUACAAGAGUAGAAACUGAGCUAAAAGCACAUGGAAAGGUUACUUUAACAUUGGAAACACAAACAUCUUCCUUUGAAGUUACUUUUCCUCCUCUUUAUUCUUUUGACAUUUUUUUCUAAAUAUCUUAACAGUAUAUAUAUAUUAUGGAAUCAAUUACAGACAUCUAUAUAGAGGAUUGAUAUUAUAUGUUUCUAUAAUCGUAGGUUGCUAAAUAAGAAAAUGAGUCAUGAUAUCAUAAUCUAUACAAUCCCAAGCAAAGACAACACACAUCAUCAUGUUCACCCCAACAACAAUCACUUGCAAAGUACAUAUACACAAACUCAUAAUAAACACAAAUAUUAUUCAAUUUAAUAUAAAAAAUAAUAACUCUUUAAUUAGUUAAGAAAUCACACCAUGAAAUUUCACAAUUCCCCAUACAAACUCAUAUCCAAGAACUUCAAAAAAUGGUUAGAGGCAUCUUCCACAUAUGCCUCUUGGCAUCGUUUCUUCUUCUGCCACAAUUCUCUUCCACUGUAAACUACGGUGGCUUCACCGUUGGAGCAAAUGCUCCUUAUCCAUGGGACCAUAAUAUUCCCCCACCACCAGAAACCACACCAUUCCCAAGCCCCACCACCAGUCCUCCAACCACCUCAGAUCAAUCCCCUGGUCCAGCGGCCGCGUCGUCUCCGUUCAACAACAGCUCUAUCUCCGGCGACAUAACAUGGUGGUGCAAUAAGACUCCACACGCUAAGACAUGCACCUACUACUUCCAAAGGAGCCCAGACAACAACAUUAGCCGACCACCAAGAUUUCGGUCCGAGUUUCUACGAAUGCUGGUCCAUGUAGCACUUGACCAAGCCGUCAUUACACACGCUCAAACCGUUAAAUUAGGUCAGAGCUGCACCAAUAACCAACGGAAAGCCGCUUGGUCAGACUGUGUAACGCUAUUUGAAAAUACGGUCACUCAGCUGAACCAGACAUUCAACGGACUUAACCCGGGGGCUUCUAGUGAUGUGAAGUGUUCAGACUUCGACGCACAGACGUGGCUCAGCACGGCUCAAACCAACAUCGAGACAUGCCGGUCUGGCUCGGAGGAUCUGAAAGUCUCAGAUUUCGUCAUGCCGGCCAUCUCAAACAAGAACUUGUCGGAUUUGAUUGGAAACUGCUUGGCCGUCAAUGGAGUUCUCAUGAAGCAACAUAAUCAUACGACUGUAAAAGACGCAACGGUUCUCUACAUCCGCCUCUUUGCAAAGGACAUCUCAUGUGCUUCCUUUCAGAUUCAACCCUCAGCAAUUACACCUUUUUGGAGUCAGACUCUUUAAUCAAUCUAUAGAUGGAAGUUUCAGAUUUCUUAUUUUUACAUAUUCUAUCAUUGUACCUCAGUUUUCGAGAAGUGUGAAUUGUCCUCUCAUACAGUUCACCAUCAUCGUCGUUUUUCUUUAGGACAUGCAUUUGUAAUUGCAAUUUUCCUCUCACAUAGUAGAGAGGCUCUGGGUAUACGUUUUAUGAGAACCUGAUUUUAUGAUUUAACAAAACACUAAAUUACAAAUAGAAACAUAAUCUCUUCCUAAUAUAACCUACUUUGUAUUAAUGUAGAUUAUGUGUUUUGAGUUCAGAAUGAUUAAAAUUUUUAUUUA